AGUUGCCUCUUAUAAUAUAGGCCGCACAAUUUUUUAAGGGCAACCUGCCUGAGAAAAUGUGCUCUUCAUCGACCCACAAUGGAUACUCAAAGUAUUAGAAAUUUGCGGGAUUUUCUGCAGAUGUACAACCGCAUCUCGGAGACGUGCUUCACCCAGUGUAUCAGCAGCCUGCUUGAGAGGGAUGUUCAGAGUGAUGAGGUCGCAUGUGUACAGCGCUGCGCGGAUAAACACAUCAACAGCAACCAGAAGAUAAUGCAGGUGUUUAUGGAGGUGCAGCCCCAGGUGGUGGCGAAGCGGAUGGAGAAGAUGGAACAGCAGAUGGCUGAGACGCAGGCGGCGGAGGCGGCGGAUGUUCAGCCACAGGCGGCGGAGGCGACGGAGGCUCAGCCACAGGCGGCAGUGGAGGCGGCGCAGGCUGAGGCGGUCGCUCAGUGAACGGAGAUCACUGCUUGGUUAGGUACACAAGAGCGAACUUGGUGAACAUACCAAACGUGCGUGCCAACUUGAGUGAACAGUGAAAGUGCUGCGCUCUACGUGCUACAGAACAGUGCUACGGUACAUUGAUACGAACAGUGCUACGGUACAUUGAUACGAACAGUGCUACGGUACAUUGAUACGAACAGUGCUACGGUACAUUGAUACGAACAGUGCUACGGUGCAUUGAUGCGGACAUUGCUACGGACAUUGCUACGGUACAGUGCUACGGAACAGUGCUACGGUACAGUGCUACAGAGCAGUGUUGCGGAACGUUCUGUGAUGUUGCUACGUAUCGUGAGAGCCGCAGCACCCGCCGCCGGCAGGCUGGUCGCCUCUCGCGCCGCCGUCGUCUCGAGACUUCCUCGCUGCGUGACACCAUCUCUCUCCCUCUCCCCGCGUGUCCGCCUCUGUCACUCUGCCCCCGCGCCGACUCAGCCCUUGACAAAGGUUCAGCCCCGGCUGGCGCUGGCCUUCACAUGCAAGGUGUGCAACACUCGCGUGCAGAAGCUGAUCUCGCGGCUAUCAUACGAACGCGGUGUGGUCAUCGUCGAGUGUGACGGCUGCCGCAACCGACACCUCAUCGCCGACCAUCUCGGCUGGUUUAAACACAUCCAGGGCCGGACGGUGGAAGAGAUCCUGGCACAGAAGGGUGAAAAAGUGACGCGGGUGGCGUUCGAACAGGGUGCGUUCGAAGUGGUACCGCCUCAGGAGAGUGAUAUGGACGCAACUGUCGUGCCGCCCGCUCCGGCGUCGGAGACUGAGAGGUAGCACCGUCGGACUAGUGGCGGCAUCUGUGUGAGGCGAAGGUGGCGCUGCGCUCGCGUGGGUAGUAGUGUGUUGUCUGGUGCGAUAUUCGGCCGUCCGCUAGCGACCUCUACGAUAGACGUUAGUCGUUGAACGUCAAGGGCGAGUAGUGGUUAAAAUUGUGGUGCUGAGGGGACACUUUUGUAACAUCAGCUCUCUUGAGGAAACUACAGGCCGGCUCUCUAUCACAGCUCAACACGAACUUGUAUAAAUUCGCGAGUUCGGCGCUCGUCUGUCCUAAAGACUGAGCUGACGCCUCUGCCGCUCGCGAUGCCCUCCUGUCUGCUGAUUCUGGUCGGCCUCCCGGGUAGCGGUAAAACCACGUUAGCCCGUAAACUCCAGCUCGCACUCUCCGGACAGUACCGCGUCGUUCACGUCGAGUACGACGCUGUCGUCGAUCUUUCCGAGCAGGCUCGUCUUCAGGCCGCCGCCGCCGCGGGGGAGGGAGACGAAGGCUGGCGAAAUGCCAGGAGGGAGCUAGAACGCGCUGUGGAAGAGGUGAUCACUAGCGGGGACGUACCUGAGUUCAUCAACGGUGCCAAUAUGAAAGACAAUGGAACUGAUGGCGUCACUGAAGAAUCCACUGAGGCUGAACGUCCAACCGUCUUCAUUAUCGAUGACAACAUGUAUCUACGAAGCAUGCGGUAUCGCUACUUCCAGCUGGCUCGCAGACAUCAGCUAGGGUAUGCUGUCGUCCUGUUUGAUGUGCCAAUGGCGGAGUGUCUUCGGCGGAACGCUGCCCGGGAUCGACCAGUGCCUGAUGUCGUCAUUGAGGCGAUGGCAGAGAAGUUGGAGCGACCUGACCCGGCCCGACUCUGGGAGGCAAGGUAUGUGGUAUUGGCUGGAGCUGUGACGACGGAGGGAGCGUCUGUGGAUCGGGAGGUGGAGAGAGUGACUGAGGAAGUGGAAAGAGUGGAGGGUACAUUUGAGACAGUGGGGGAAUCAGGGAUGCUGGAUGGCACAAAACAGUCUGAAGAACCAUUGAAUGUACAAGCGGGUGACUCCACUAGCAUAAGCCCACUACCGAACGACCCCGUCUCGAUCGUAACGGAGCUGAUAUCAUUCGCUCUCGCCUCUCCCGUCGCUCCUCUAGUUGACAACAGUCUGGAGGUUGAGGCAUCCCGCCUCAUCUGCUCCACGUCCCAGCUACAUCAGCUCGACCGGCAACUGCGGCGACUGGUGGGAGAACAUGCCGCCGGCUGCGGCGUCCGAGCGCGAGCGGCCAACCUGGCGCGACAGAAACUGAUGCGUCGGGUUCGUGCCGGUGAGGUGGGCCUGGCAGUGGAGCCGGGAGAGGAAGGGAGAUUUGCAGAGGCCGCGAGGAUGUUGUUUGAGGCAGAGCUGGCGGCAGGGACAGAGUAAAGAGCUGGAGAGAGUGGACUCGCCAUGGGCUGUGGUCUGGUGUAACUGUUGGGGUAUUAGAGCGAGUGUGCGUUGUUGUGUGUUGACUGUUGACUGACAUUGUCGUGCUUAUAGGACGGGUCAGUAUUGUACUAUUUUGUUGAGUGUUUUGUAUGAAUACACAUGCAGGCCUAA